AUGGUCCCUGAUAAAAUCAAUGAUGUGACAAAUAUUUCACCUGAACAGGCCUUGUAUUGCUGUAUUCCACCAUGUCCCGUGGCCGAGGCACUGUGCAAGACCUUUACACCCCGUACUAUAGGAAUGAUAGGCACCGUCAUCGCCUCUUUUGGGUUCAUGCUCAGUAUGUUUGCCACACAGAUUUGGCAGCUGUAUAUAACCUUUGGCUUUCUGACGGGGUUUGGGUUCGGCUUGAAAUUUCUACCAAGCAUUGUUUGCGUCCACGAGUACUUUGAAAAAAGACAAUCUCUUGCGAUGGGGAUUGCCGUCUGUGGAACCGGGGUGGGCACUUUCGCUUUCGCACCCCUCUCCGAAUACCUUAUCGAGAUAUACGGCUGGCAAGGUGCCCUACUCAUUGAAUCCGCCAUCAUACUGCACGGCGUCGCUUUUAGCGCCCUCUUCGUACCUCUGGAGAAAAAAUCACGGGAGAAACAAGAGGACGAGACAACUCUCAUAUCCAAAUUAAAGGCAGCUUGGAAAACAACAAAAGAAGUGAUAGCUGAAAUGAUGGAUUUUAGACUUUUCAAGGACCCAAAAUUUGACGUCUACUGUGUCUGUAUGUUCUUAUUCGCUGUUGGCUACGUUGUUCCGAUGACGUAUCUUCCAGAACGCGCUGUGAAACAAGGCUACUCUCCGCGAGAGGGCGCUUGGCUCGUUUCUGUUCUGGGAAUUUUAAACAUGCUGGGGCGCAUCUUCGUAGCCGGAGUUGGAGACCGAAAAUGCGUGAAUCGUUUCUGGAUGUUCACUAUAUGUAUCCUCAUCAGUGGGGUUAUAACCGGUGGAAGCUUUUUGGCAAAUGACAUCUACUGGCUGCAGAUGACGUAUUCUGGGUGUUACGGUUUCAUGAUAGGUAUCUUCAUUUCUUUGGAGUCCGUCGUGUUAAGAGAUUUAAUCAGCCUUGAGAACCUGACCAAGGGCUAUGGUUUGGCCAUAUUUGUUGGUUAUGGGAUAGGGUCAUUGGUCGCUACGUCAUUCACUGGCUGGAUCUUUGACGUGACCCAAAAUUACGACAACUCGUUCUUGGUUUCUGGAGGAAUUCUCGUGGCAAGUGCUCUCUCCAUGGUACUUAUACCUUGUUUGAAGCGAUAUGACGCCAAGAGCGAAACCCCAGCCAAUUGACAUCUGACAUAUUAAUGCUGUAAAAUGCUCCCACAAUUCAAAUAGAAAAGAAAAUAGAAAUUAAUGCCGACCAGAGACCUUUUUUACUUACUUGGUCACGCAAUUUAUUAUGAUACCUAAUGAACUAAAUUGCGCAGUUUGCUCAUAAAUGUACGGAAUUCUUUCUGUAUAUUGCAGGUGGUUUUUUGGUUGUGUUCUUAGCUUUUGAUAACAGAAGGUCAAAGGCCAAAAUCAGGUUUCAUCAGGAUUACCAGUAUAUAUGAUUUCUUAUUGAAUUCCAAUAGUAGUUAUGAGUGUCUCCCUGUCGGAUUUUGAGAUAUAAGGGCCGGAAAAUUGCAAUGAUAAGUUCACGAUAAAAAGUAAGUCAAAGGCCAAAUUUAAGGUCACAUUAAAAUUGCCAAGAUGUGAAAUCUUUAAGUUCAAUAGUAACCAUAGGUCUAUUUCAGCCAGUUUUGGAGAUAUGAGGACUGAAUUUGCAAAGCUAAGCUCGUGGUGAAAAAGUAGGUCAAUGUCAAAUUCAACUAAGCCUGCCAAUGUAUGGUUUGCUAUUCAAGUUCAAUAAUAACUUUAGGUGAACCUCUGCCAGUUUUGGAGAUAUAAGGGGCGGAAAUUCUGCCAAGUACACUUCUCGGCAAAAAGUAUUUUAUUUUCGCCGUAACAGUAAAUCAAAAUUUACAUUUUCCUGUUGUAUACACGACAUCUAAGGCAUUUUGUUGUGUAGGCUGAAUGCGAACACAAGCAAUGCAGCCACAAACGAUGCAUAUACCUGUACACUGCUAUGGAAACGUAAUACUCUGAGAUGGUAAGAUUUAUUUGUAUAUUCUAAUUUUACAAUCAUAAGACACUUUUUUAACUCAUUACAAAACAUUCCAAUACCAUGAUGCAUCGCACAGAAUCUGGUUUUCUCACGUUCCAUUCUAAUCUAUCCGUCCAUUUAUGUAUAUUUCCGUAUUUGGUUAUGGCGUGAUAUUUUGCGCUCAAAUAUUAUUCACUUUUCUAUUUUCCAUAAAUCUACAUUUUUGGCUAUCAAUCAAAUUUAAUCGUCUUAUUAGGUAAUGGUGUGAUAAUUGACCCACGCUCACAACUUCUAUAAUUACAAAUUUUCCAUUACCUCAUCAUUAUAGAAUAAUGUUGUUGUUGCUUUCCGUUUCUUUGUAGUUAUUUAUAGCACAGUUCGAAUGUUUUGCCUCCACUUUUUGACUCAUUGACA